CUUUUAAUUUUGACAGUAAACUUUAUAUAAAGCAUUGGAAAAAUAAUCAGAGCGAUAUGCUUAUAGUUUAUUUAUUUAUUUAUUCAUUUUUUUAUAAUGUAGUUCCUGAGUAUCACAACAAUAGCAGCCGUGUGAACCAUGAGUUUGGUGCUAGAACAGCAAGGAAACGACGCUCUCCCAUUAUGGCUCCGAUUCUACAGUUUAGCCCACUGUUUUCAUCUGUCGAGCGCGCGCACACACACGCGGUCCCUCCUUCGUUGUUUAGUCAGGAAUGUUCACGUGUGUUGUAUUGAUAACGCGGGUGUGUGUUACUUGUGUGACAUAUGAGAGGAUCGAUAUGGAGUAAAACCAGCCCCCUGGGUUAUGGAAACACGCUGAGAAAAAUAAUAAAACAGGAGGUUGCCAUGGCAGACCCAGAGGUGUCAACACAGAGCGGGGGUUAUGAUGUGGAGCUGUUUGUAGACACUCCAGACUAUGACCUGAUCUGCACCAUAUGCCAAGGGGUCCUCAGAUGUCCAGUAAGAGCUGCGUGCCACCACAUUUUCUGCAAGAAAUGCAUCUUGCAGUGGCUAAAAAGACAGGAGACCUGCCCCUGCUGCAGGAAGCCGGUGAACCCAAGCUUGAUCUUUGUCAUGUUCAAGCUGAGCAAAUCUAUUGGACGCCUGAAGGUCAAGUGCAAGAAUGAGAUCCGCAGCUGUGCAGAGACGUUUCCCCUCUCAGAGCAGUACUGCCACAGCAUGAGCUGUUUGUAUGAGCUCAUCCCCUGCCCCUACCAGGGCUGCAGGGUACAGCUCCUCCGCAGGGACCUCGAGACCCAUGCGCACCACUGUGAGCACUGGCGCCAGCCUUGCCACAUGGGUUGUGGGACGAUACUCUCCCACCGAACCCAGGCUCAACACAACUGCUACAAGCAGCUGAGGCAGGAGUACGAAGCCAGGCAGAGGAAUCACAGGGCCAUUGCCACCGCCCUACAGCGGAAGAUGAGGAGGAUGCAGAGCACCAUGGCCCACAUGAAAAGGCAGAUAGGGCUUAUCUGUGAGAGUCUGGAGGUGAUGGAUGAUCUGCAUGAGGUGGAAGAGGAGGACCUUGGGGAGAGUAGUGGCAGCUCCAGUGGGACUCCAAGUAGCAGCAGCAGCUGCUGAGGAAGGGAGUUAGUUGCUGGUGCUGGUUGAGUUACUGCUGUGUAUAAAUUCAGUAUGUGUUUAAUUCUUUGAAGGUUUUUUUUUUUUUUGAGUAUAUGCAGUACUGUGAAAAAGUAUUUGCCCUCUUCCUGAUUUUAAUAUUUUUUGCAUAUUUUGUUUCCAAUAAACAAACACAUUUUUAAUAUUAGACAAAUAUAACCUGAGUGAAUACAAAAUGCAGUUUUUAAAUGAUGAUUUCAUUUUCUGAGGUAAAAAAAGGCCAAAUCUACCUGACUUGUAUGAAAAAGUAAUUCUUCUCUUGUUAAUUUAUGAAUUCACUGUGGUUAACCACAUUUUUGUGAAGUUGAGGUCAAUUUCAGCAUUCACACAAAUAAAGCUUGCAAUGUAAAAAUAAAUCUGCAAGAACAGAAACAAAGUCACUAACAUGCACUAGUCUGGAAAGGGUUACAAAGCCAUUUCUGAGGCUUUGGGACUCCAGUGAACCACGGUGAGAGGCAUUUUAGACAAACAGAGAAAACUCAAAAUAGUGCCGAAAAAUCCUGAAUGUCUUGCCAUCAUUUCAUGCCCUGAAGCCUAAGCGUACUUGGGUUAACCUGGGUCAGGUUAUCGUUUAUAUAGAAAUUAAUGUUAAAGUUUGUUUGAUGAUCCGAAACAUGUAAGCGUGACAAAUAUAAAAAGAAAAAGAAAAAAGAGAAAUUUAGGAAUGAGGGAAAAUACUUUUCAUGGUACUGUAGGCAUCUGAUCAGUGUUUUGUUUUUUGGGUUUUUUUGUUGUUUUUUUUGCCAGGUUGCAAUGUAACCUAUUUAACCUAUUUUGUAAAUAAAGCU